AUGUCGGCACAUAAAUAUGAUGACACGCCUUCUAUUGAACUCAUCCUUGCUCUAGAAGCUGAGCUUAAGCUUGCACGAUCAGAGGUGAAAGGCGAACCAAACAUCUCAUAUAUCUGCUCUCGUUACUACAGAGCACCUGAACUUAUAUUUGGAGUUACAGAAUACACAACAGCUAUUGACAUAUGGUCUGCAGGGUGUGUUCUUGCUGAAUUUCUCCUUGGCCAGCCUCUGUUUCCAGGUGAGAGUGGAGUCGACCAACUAGUCGAGAUUAUUAAGAUGGAGGAAUUAGUUCACCCGUUCUUGGAUGAGCUACGUGAUCCCAACACACGUUUACGUAAUGUCGUCUCUCUCUUCAACUUUAAACCUCAAGAUAUUGUAGAUUGUUGCUUGGGAGACCAGACGUUUAAGGAGCCUAGAGCAGUGUGA